CCUCAAUCUCCACGCCAAUCCUCUUACAUCCACUUACCACGUAUCUUCCGUCGAGUGCUGUAUCUCAGCAACGUUAGCAUUCGCAAAGAACUUCUUCAACCCUCGUCCAUGGCACCUCCACACUUCCUCCUCGUGACCUUCCCCGGUCAAGGCCACAUAAACCCUUCCCUCCAAUUCGCCAAGCGUGUCGUGCGCGUCGGCGCUCAAGUAACCUUUGUCACUGCCGUUCGUGCCCACAACCGCAUGGCCGAGUCGAAAUCUCCCCCCGAGGGGCUAUCCUUCGCCAGCUUCUCUGAUGGCUACGACGGCGGUGUCGAAGAUGGGGCUGAUGUCGAGGUGUACAUGGACGAGCUCAAGCGACGAGGAUCGGAGACUUUAAGCGACCUGAUCGCCUCGAACUUUAAGAACGGUUGGCAAUUCUCGGGUGUGUUCUACACCACCCUCCUUCCGUGGGUUGCCGACGUAGCCCGUUCUCAUGGCAUUCCUUCGACGCUCGUUUGGAUUCAACCGGCCACUGUUUUGGACUUCUACUAUUAUUACUUCCACGGCUAUGGCGAUCUCAUUCGAAGCACGGGCGAUAAUCCUUCGGUGCCAAUCCAAUUGCCUGGAUUGCCGCCUCUCAUGGCUAGCGACAUACCCUCCUUUUGCAACGCUAAAAAUGAGUACAACUUCAGCCUCCCGCUUUUCCAACGCCAUUUCGAGAUCCUACUUGAGGAGGCCAACCCAAAGGUGCUGGCAAACACCUUCGAUGCGCUAGAACAGGACGCCAUACGAGCUGUGGAUAAGUUUGAGGUGAUUGGGAUUGGGCCGCUAAUCCCGUCCGCCUUUUUGGACGGGCAAGAUCCAUCGGACACUUCCUUCGGAGGCGAUCUCUUCAAGAGCUCGAGCGGCUACAUCGAGUGGCUGGACACGAAGCCAAAGACGUCGGUGAUCUACUUGUCGUUUGGGAGCAUCUCCGUGCUAUCAAAGCCGCAGAAGGAGGAAAUGGCACGGGCACUCGUGGAGGCAAGCCGGCCAUUCUUGUGGGUCAUCCGGGAAAGCGGGAAAGAAGAGAAAGAAGAGGAUAGUUUGAGCUUAAAAGAAGAGCUAGAAAAGCUAGGGAUGAUAGUACCGUGGUGCUCGCAAGUACAGGUUCUAUCGCACCCUUCGGUAGGGUGCUUCGUGACACACUGCGGGUGGAACUCGACGUCAGAGAGCUUGGUCUGUGGGGUGCCUGUGGUGGCAUUCCCGCAGUGGAGCGAUCAGCAGACGAACGCGAAGCUCGUCACGGACGUGUGGAGGACUGGGGUGAAGGUGACGCAGAACGAGGAAGGCCUGGUCGAGGGCGGGGAGAUAAGGAGGUGCUUGGAGCUGGUGAUGGGAGAUGGAGAGGAGGGAGAUGAGAUGAGGAGGAAUGCCCAGAAACUAAGGGAUUUGGCAAGGGAGGCUGUGAGGGAAGGUGGGUCUUCGGACAAGAACCUUAGGGCCUUCGUGGACGAGGUCAGAGAAGCGUCCGAGUGAAUUUGUCAACGGUGUCACCAACUAACGUAGUAGCUUGUCGUUUUGGACAAUUUAGCGAAUACAUGUUCUUGGUAUGGCUUCUAUGUAUCCUUCAUUUGGGCAUUGAGUUGUAGCUUGUUGUUUUGGACAAUUUUUGUCCCGUCUAGGUGUCAUUUUCUCUGUUUUUUUUUCUUCCCUUCUUUCACAUGGUGGACUAGAGUGUUGUUGAGAA